UAAAAUUCUGUCCAUGUCGACAUUGUUGUUGUUUUGGCAUUAAUUAGUGAAGAAAUAUUUUGGAUUUUUGUCAUUUCCAGGCAAAUAAUAUUAUGCAAAAAUCGGACAUGUAAAAUAGCUGAAGAUGAGUAAGCAGGAAUGGUGCUUUACAGGUGUAUGUGUGUGCCAACGCAACGUACCCUCCACCUCUCCCACUACUUCCACUAAUUGCUUCCACUACGGAAAACGGAAAACACAAUGCCGGCGCUUUAUCAUGCUUAUCAACAAACAGCGUAAGUGCAACCUUUUGGCAAAAUUUUCCCGACUUCCCGGCGAUGGCGUAAUUGUUUUGAUAAUGCAAACAAUGAGCGCUUGUCCAUUUUUAGCCGGGCGACAUUGAAGAGAAAUUAAAAGUAAAUAAAAGGGGAAGGUCGCUGAGAAUCGGCGUUUAAUAAUUAAUUUGUUACCCAAUUUUGGCAAAUUGAGCUCGGCCACACCGCAUGUUUUAUGCUUUGGCCAAAUAUGGCCGGGUUUUCCUUUUAGUUUUUAAACUGUUGCCUUUUUUAGCGUACAGAGAGUUGAGAAAAAACACUAAUACCAUUUGGCGGUCUUAUCGGAUCCUCUCUUUCUGCCACCCGCACGCAGUAGGCGAAAGAGGGGGAAAGCAACAGGUGGCCGGCGAGUACCGUUAGGCAUUCCAGCAAUUGCGUAACUAAUUAAACAAUUGCCUGCAAUUAAGAGAACUUUUUUGUCCAAAAUUAAUAGAAUACUUUUAUAAGGGGAAUGAAUAUUUUUUGGUAAAACCUAUUUUUAAAUAAUAGCCAAUUUGCAAAUAAAGAAAUAUUUUUGAAAAUACAUUUCCCAUAACUCGUUAAUGUAAAGCCGUUUAAACCAAAUUAUAAACCAAAUCGAUUUCAAGCAAUCUGCUUAGUGAAAGGUGAGAGAAAUAAGUGGUAUGAACAAAGUGGGUCAAGAUAUACAAUGGCAAAAUCUUUAGCGAGGGCCAAAAGAAUACAAAAGGGGCGGAUAAAGACCCUGAGGCCAAGCAAGGGUUAAGGCACAACUAGAAAAUCGCGUAAAGACGAAGACGACGACGUAAUCGCUUUGCAAUGCGAACGAAAACAGCGAAGGCACCAACAAAUUGGAGCAAUUGCAGAACCUAACCAAACUUUGGAGACCCCUUUCACAGAACAACAACAACAAGGUGGCUUCUCCGCUUGAUGUGUGAAAUAUAGAAGUUAUUGAAAGGUGAUUAGUAAGGAAAUUGCAAUCCACUCCAAGACUCAACCA